CGUUUCCAACAGUAGACAAAACGGUGGAAGUUCAACAAAGACUUUCAUCUUCUUCCUCACUUUCUUCUCCUCUGUUUUCUCGAACCUUCAUCUGGACUUGUCUGAGGAUUCACCUUCGCAUCGCCUUUCGGUUUUCCAGGUAGUAUCCAGUGACGGGGCUAGCUUUUAGUAUAUUUGGUAUGAACAUGCAACCAGUGGAUCAAAGGUAAUGGAUAUUAUCAUGGACACUCCUGUUGAUGCUGCUAUUAAGGACAAGCAUGAAGAAAGUCCUAGGUUUAGGAAACCAACAGUGGUUUUUGUGUUGGGUGGUCCUGGAAGUGGAAAAGGUACUCAGUGUGCUAAUGUUGUUCAGCACUUUAGCUAUACCCAUUUGAGUGCUGGUGAUCUUCUCAGAGCAGAGAUUAGGUCUGGUUCUCAAUUUGGAGCCAUGAUCCAAAGCAUGAUUGCUGAGGGUAGAAUUGUACCGUCCGAGAUCACUGUAAAACUUUUGUGUAAAGCUAUGGAGGAAAGUGGCAAUGAUAAGUUCCUCAUUGAUGGUUUCCCUCGCAAUGAAGAAAACCGCAUAAUAUUUGAAAAUGCUAGAAUCGAGCCUGCUUUUGUUUUAUUCUUUGAUUGUCCUGAAGAAGAACUAGAGAAGCGCAUUAUGAACAGGAACCAGGGAAGAGAAGAUGAUAAUCUUGAGACGAUAAAGAAGAGAUUUAAAGUAUUUGUAGAAUCUACCCUCCCUAUUGUUAGCUACUACGAAUCUAAAGGGAAACUUCGAAAGAUCAAUGCUGCAAAACCGAGCGAGGAGGUUUUCGAGGAAGUUAAAAAUAUAUUUUCAUCUGAAACUUGACAAGGCGAAUGAAGCUUGUGCUCGUUUCAUACAAACAGUGUUUGGUAUAGUUAUUAAUUACUAUCACUGUUUGGUUGCCUACGUCGACAUCGCAGACUAGUUAUCGCCGAACAAAACAAAACAGAGACUUUCACAUGCCUUGUCGUAUACGUAAUUAGGUUUACAAAUUUGUGUUUAUGUAAUGCAAGUAUCUCUACAUAUAACGUGUUCCCUUUAUGAUUAUAUAACCA